UUCUAGAAGCUCUUGCGUACACUCAUACGCACAUGCGGUUGACAACAUCAACAAGAAUCCAUUCAUCUUGCGCUGUGUAUCCAUCCACCCACCUGUGGCAAAUGUAUAUAUACAAUGAAUAUAUCACUUUGCUGCAGUUGUAUCUGCAGGCUUAUAUAAAUUUCAGCCUUACAGUACAUUGUGAACACGUCCUCUCCUGCUCCUGAUUGAAUAUAUAACCGUAUUGCGUAUGCACACUGAAUAUAUCACAGCCCUCCAUACCUCUUUUCUGGCAACAUAUAUAUCUACCUUGAGUUCCUGCGGCAUAGUGAGAAUACCUCCGUGACGAUUAUAUAUACACAUAAUAUCCAUUCUUGUUUGUGGUUAAAGCACUGAAGGUUUCUCUCCACAUCGGCUAUUGUAAGUGGAUAUUAUUCUACACUCCAUUUGCAUAUAUACGUUUGAUAGGGAAAAUAUAUACAGUUUAAUAUAUAUAUACGUCGGCUCCAUAAGCAUCCCCUCUGGUUCUAUACGCACCCGGGUAUCCAUCUUCUUUGUCUGCAAGUUCUCCUUCCGUUGCCUGGAGUAUCUAACACCCUUCUAAAUAUCCGCCCGUUGUAUACACAUUGAAUAUCCAUCCUCUGGUUGUAUACACACAAUAUACGUCCAAGAUGCCUCCAUCAGUGCCUCAGUACCAGGGCAGCGUGACUCCGCUGCACGCCCCGCCGUCCUUCGCUCCGAAGGCCAUCAUUGCAAUAAAUGUUGGGGGAACAAUUUUCCAAACAUCCGCUGCCUCUUUAUGCAAUGCCGAUAAGGGUUCGAUCCUCGCUAGUCUCCUACACACCCCCUCAAUUCCUCUGAAAGUUGAAAACCCUGCAUUCUUUGACCGGGACCCGGAACUCUUCGCGGUUCUGCUUUCUAUUCUCAGGACCUUCAAAAAACCUGCGUCUGUGGACGACCUUUUUUCUAUCAGCGACCUAAUUGCAGAGGCCGAGUAUUAUGGAGUUUCACGCGCCUUGAAAUCAGCCAUGGCGGCUCCGCCACUUGACGGACUCGACAUGAAGGAUAAAUCCGUGCUUCUUUCCAGCGGGCGUGAUUUCCCCUCCGCGAUGUCCGCUGACAAAGAGGACGGCUCUGUGAUUGUCUCGCACGGCAGCAAAAUCUCCGUCUACGAUUGGGCGCUCAGGAAAAAUGGAACUAUGUUAACCCAGUUUAACUGCAUAGAUACCCUAUCCAAGAUUUCCCCAUCAAUUGCUGUUGCGGGAGCUGUUGAUUUCCCAGGCCUCCAUGUCUACAACUUGGAUAAGAAAAUCCAUUGUGCAACUGUCCAGUGGGAGAUUGAAUCGCCAGAGGUUCGGCUCUAUGAGCCAACCGUUCAGGCUGCAGAAUUUUGUCCCUCAAAUAAUGUGAUUUUUAGCAGUUUUGAAUCCAGCAGGAAGAAUGCUCACACGAUUCUGUUAAUUGAUGUUGAAUCCUUCCGGCCCAUGGCAGAAUUGGGACGUCAGAUAGAAUUUGGAGGCUCGGAAUCAUCACCCGCCACUAAGUUGGAGUGGAUAGGUUCACACAAUUUACUGAUGUCUAGUAGUGUUAGUGGUGGCCCAUUCGGUUACAGGUCAGAUGUGAAGUUGUGGGACAUCAGGUCACAGAAAACUGUCUGGGAGUGCCGAGAAUCAAACCCGGGACCUGCCGUUCAUCAGGCAAAUUCAGACUCUUUUCACGAUUGUUUUGCUGAUGUGACAGUUAAUGAGCAAUUUGGCAGCAUAUUUAAAUUAGGUGUGAGGAAUGGGGGCCUUUUUAUGGCGGAUUUGAGGCAGCUUAACAACAGUAAUCCAUGGGUGGCAUUAGGGGAUACAAUUCCAGGUUUUGGAGGGGCGCAAAAUAGGAUUUUGGGGUAUGGAAAACAGGUUUUUGUAGGCAGGGGAGGGGAUAUAGAGGCAUGGUGUGAAGUGGGUCUGAGGGAGAAGUCAAAGAUUUUAAGGAAAAAUAUGGUGAAUAAUAAAGAGGGCAGCGAGAGGAUAACAAGAAUGACGGCAGGAGGGAACAGACUCUUUGUUGCUAGGAAGGGUUUGCAGGGCGUUGAAGUGUGGGAUAGUUUGAGAUCAAAGGCUGCAAGGAACAGUCUGGUUUGAGAAAAAAUUUCAGUUUCAGUGUUGGAUAAGGGAAAGCUUUUCUGUAUUGUAUCAUAUAAAGAUAGCUCACUGUGCUUCCACAAACGUGGCUUAGAAAGUUCAGAGACUUGGUUGGAAUCUGUUUCUCUAAAUUCAAUAGGGAGGACGGCUUUGCAGGUCAAGUUUCAAAUUGAAGAAUUCAAUUUUUUUCUUCAGUUUGCAAUGUAAUAUAUAUGUUUCUUUUAAUUUGUAAGCUGUUUGUGGUAUUUUUGCAAGCCAUUACAGUUUUAUUGUGCCCAACCGAACAAACUCCGUUCUCUAAUUAUGUAAUGUUAUUUACAGCUAGUUUUUGAUUUGGUA